UUUUUUUUUUUUUUUUUUUUUUUAUUCCUGAAUAAAACUUAUAAUAUGAUAUCAACCUUUCUAUUAUGGAUUACAUUCAUAUAUAUAUUUAACCCAUUAAUACCAGUAGAAGCAUCUAUUCGUGUUAUGACUACAAAUCAAACAUUAGAUUCUCAAACAGCAUCCUUUGGACCAAGAAUUAGUGAUUAUGGCUUAUUGGCUUACAUUUAUGAACCAAUAGAAGAUAUUACUGGAUGUCAAAUCGUGCUAUCACCUGAAAUUGAAUGGAUUGCUCUUUUACGACGUGGUGGAUGUUCAUUUUAUACUAAAGUUCAAAAUAUGCAAAAGAGUGGUGCCGUUGCUGUGAUUAUAGGUGAUGAAAACAAUACUGAUUGGAUUACAAUGUCUUCUGAACAUGAUACAUCAGACAUCAUUAUUCCCAGUAUAUUUUUGACUCGAAUGGAAUAUCAAGACCUUCUUAAUGCUCAGCAUCAAAUAAAUCAAUCUCGACGUUUACUGGUGUUACUACAAAAUGAAGAUACGAUUCCUUGGUCAACUAUGGAUUGUUUUUAUAUCACCAUGAUCAUUUGUCCCAUGUUACUAUUCAUUUUGGGCUGGGUGUUUUUCCGAUUACGACGUGAAUACAAAGCCUCCUGUUUACUUUAUCAACGACAAGAAUUAUUAUCCAGCCAUUUAUAUAGGAUGACUGAUAUCGACUUGGAGCUCAGCCUACCCAAACAAUAUCACCAUGCCAAUAUAACCAUGGAUGAAUGUCCUAUUUGUUUAGAUACAUUUCAUAUUGGCUCAGAAUAUCGAAUUUUACCUUGUCAUCAUACCUUCCAUAUCUCUUGUGUUGACCCUUGGUUACUAGGUUAUAAAUCCUCGUGUCCUGUUUGCAAUCAAGAAUUAGUCAAGUCUAAUCAUCCAUCUAUUUGUGGAAGAAAAUGAUUCUCUCUCUCUCUCUAUAGAUCUUAUUGGCUCUGAUAUAUUAUUAUUAUUUUUUUGUUUGUAUUUUUUCCUUUUUUUUUUUUUUUUGUUUGUAGCAG